AUGUUUGAAAGGCAUUUACAGCAAAGAAGAGCUCGUGAGGGUGUGUUCGCCACACUCAACGAGCUCCCAAAAGGAAAGCCUUUUUCUUGCGACCUAUUGAGGCUUGCUUCUACUGGUCAAAACCCUAGGAAUCUCACAGUGUCGGAGCCAAAGCUUCAAGCUAUUAAAGAGCGAUUCUCUAUGCCUAGCUACGAAAAGCUGAAGGCGAGCUUGGAGCUCUUAUGGAAGGAGAAUAGAGCUUCUACUAGCGAGGGCAAGUCCAAAUACCCUGGAAGUGUAGCUGCCUAG